AUGGAUUCUCGUGCAGCUGGAUUAGCAGCUUUUGCUUUAAUCUCUUGGAUAUUACUCAUACCUCCAUUCAUUUGGCAUUGCAAGUGUAAGAAUUUCCCUGCAAUAUGUUUAGUAUUCUGGUUACUGUUUGUUAAUUUCAAUGUGUUUUUCAAUACGAUGGUUUGGGGUCAUGAUAAUUUUUAUCAUGCUUGGGAUGGGAAGAUUUGGUGCGAUGUUACAGUCAGGCUAGAAGCUGGUUCAUCAACUGGUAAGAUUUGUGCAAUUACUUCGUUGAUCUUAAACUUGUAUAUGAUCUUGAGGGCCAAGCCAGGAGUAUUCCUUGAAUUCAAUAGUUGGAAAAAACGGGCUAUUGAUUUAUCUAUUUGUCUCAUAACUCCAAUUUUCAUUAUGUCGACAAAUUAUAUCAUCCUGGCAUUCAGAUAUGGAGUAUUCAAGUAUGAAGGAUGUGUUUCUAUGUUUGGACCCAACUAUGCCACCAUUGGUUUAGAUCAUAUGUGGCCAAUUAUUUGGAGUUCUAUUGCCCUUGUUAUUGCGAUUAUGACUUUGUAUAGUUUCUUCACUCAACGGAAAGAAAUUAGCAACAUUCUUGUAUGUACCAAUUCAGGAUUGACUUAUCAGAGAUUUGCCAGAUUAUUGAUUUUCUGCUUGUUGAUUAUUUUGGCUAUGGCUCCACUCUCAGGUUACUACUUUGCUGAUAUAUUCAAAUACAAAUUGCACAAGUUUGAAUGGGAUGAAGUACAUCAGGAAGAUUGGGGUGAAAUUAUGUACUAUGAUGUUGGUUUUACUGUUGGUUAUCGAAGAUUAGUCAAUUCUAUCUUGUCCAUUAUUGCUUUCCUUUUGUUCGGGUUAGGUUCGGACGCUGUGGAAAUGUACAAGUCAAUUAUCAACGAUACGAUAUUGCUAUUCCUGAGAAAGGUGCCUGGUGAAGAAAAAGACCAAGUUACGUUCUUAACCACGCUCCCUAAUAGAGCUACUAGAAUAUUUUCAAACAAAUCUGACAAGACCCCUUCUCAGAAUAGUGCUGGUACUACCUUGAAUGAAUAUGGACAAUUUAACAAUGCCAUGUCAGAUAUGGAUGUUAAACAUACUUCAACUAGUCAACUGAACAAAUCUAAAGAAUCUGGUCCUCCACUACCAAAUGGAACAUUCUUUUCCAAUGUCGACAAUUACCUUGAACAAGAAUUGAAAAGUAUCAUUAUGCAAGAAACAGAAACUGGAAAAUCGGGGCAGAAAUGCUCGUAUCGGUUCCAAGUUGAACAAGUUUAA